AUGCAUGGCUCAGGAGAAAAUGGUACCCCCAAACCCGACAAAAUUUGCAACGCCAAAGGCUCUUAUGUUGUAUCUCUUUGCUUUUCUACAAUCGAUGAUCCAAGGAAAGAAUCCUUUCGGUCCGUCCAGGCUGAUCAGCUCUCGUUUUGCAUCAUCAAGACUAUCGCCACCAAGUUCAAGCAGUCUGAGGUCUCGACACACAAUGAGCAUGUCACAUGUGAGAAAUUAGAAGAACAAGGCGAGGUGAGCGAAGACCCACCUUCCUACAACGGACAGAAACAGAAGAAUGGGAGAAGAAAGAUACCGGGUUGUUGCUGGCCGACAAUCGCUUCGAACGACGGCUUUGUCCUUCAGGGCCAUCGGACUCCAGUUUUGCUUUUUAUAUACAACCCGCCUGGCCACCCAGUUGCUAUUGAAGAAACGCAAUGGGAGAGGUCUAGGCUUUCCAAAGAAAGAUUCACCUGCAGCAGUCUAUACACUGGACAACGGCCUACCGGGAAUUCUCAGCAACCAAGCAGGGGUGCGCGGCAUGUUGUCUCUUUUCUCGAGACAGGCCAAAGGCAUCUUCGAAACCCUGUCCUAGUCGUUCCGGGCCGUUGGGCCCUUCCAAGGACAUGCGGCUAUUACUGGUCACGAGGUGAAAAAUUCACAAUGCCUCCCUGGUUAGAGGGACUAGGAACCCAGGCUGUCUACGGCACAGAUACGGAUCACAAGCUCCUCCAUACGAGGGCCAUACUAGACACUCGUUGGAGUUAG